GUGACUUUAUUGAGCAUUCAUUAGGCACUUAAUCCUGAAAAGAGCUGCGUUUGUUGUGUCGGGGGAGAAGACUGUUAUUUAGCACUACUGUGUGUGGCAUUUCUGGGUUGUACAGCAGAGCCAGCUAAUCAUGUGUGUACUGUACAGCAGGAGUGAAAUCAGCUCUGUGACAGAAGCUCAUCGGCGUCUCUGAGGUGUUUCUCUACGUUUCUCCUAACCCUAACCCUAGAAAUGAACAACACUUCACCACAAGUCUUCUCCUGCACCUGGUGUUCACUUUGCUAUACCAGUAAAAUUUAUCUCCACAAACACAUGAAGAGAUGUCACUAUGAGGAAUAUGCAAGACUGCAGAAAACAGGAGCCAAGAAUCAUGGGAAAGCCAAAAGACGCUCCAGUAAGUCCUCAAGUGGACUCAGCUCUAAGACCUCACAUGGACAGAGGAGUGAAGUCCAUCACUGCUCAGAAUGCGGGAAGAAUUUUAAGCUACGAAGUUAUCUUAAGCAGCACCAGCUCAUUCACACGGGAGAAAAACCGCAUCAGUGCUCGCAGUGUGGUAAGGGUUUUACCCGCCAAACUCAUCUGAAACUACACCAGCGCAUCCACACCGGAGAGAAGCCAUACCGCUGCUCAUGGUGUGGGAGGAGUUUCACAGAUCAGAGCGCUGCCCAGCGACACGAGCGCACCCACACCGGAGAGAAGCCGUAUCACUGCUCAGAGUGUGGGAGGAACUUUACUCGACAGAGUAAUCUGCAACGACAUCAGCGCAUCCACACGGGGAAGAAGCCGUAUCCCUGCUCUUACUGUGGCAAGAGUUUCACUGACCAGACCCUGCUCCGAGCACACCGACGGAUUCACACAGGGGUCAGACCGUAUCCUUGUCUGCAGUGCGGCUUGUCUUUCGGUCAUCAGGGCACUCUCAAACAACACCAGCGUGUCCACACGGGGGAAAAGCCCUACUCCUGUUCACAGUGUGGGAAGAGCUUUGCUCAAAAAGGUCACCUUAAUCUCCACCUGCGCAUCCACACCAGAGAGAAACCGUACCAGUGCUUGGAGUGCGGGAAGAACUUCAACCAGAGGAGUACUCUCAAAAGACACAAGCUCAUUCACGAAGGAGAAAAGCCGUACAUCUGCUCACAGUGUGGGAGGAGUUUCACUCAACAGACUUCUCUCCAGCUUCACCACCGCAUACACACCGGUGAGAAGCCCUAUCACUGCUCCAAGUGCGACAAGAGGUUUGCUCACCAGAGCACUUUCAGUAUACACCAGCGCAGUCACACGGGUCAGAAGCCAUACUUCUGCUCCCAGUGUGGGAACAGCUUUAUCAGCCAGGGUAACCUCCAACGCCACCAACGCAUCCACACGGGAGAGAAACCGUAUCAGUGCUCGCAGUGUGGGCGGAGUUUUACUCAACGCCGGCAUCUCAGAUACCACCAGCUCAGGCACACAGGAGACAAAUCACACCAGUGCACAUAGGAAACCUUUAUUGAGAACAUCAUUCUCCAUCACCACAACAACCAUGUCAAAUACAAUCAAUACAAAUAUUUAUUUAUUUUAUCCAUCUACUCAGAAUAGAUGAUGAAAGGAGAUGAAAUGAAUAUGAGCUCAUAGUGCAGAUGUUCAGCUUUAUUCAUACACCUCACUCUCAUCAAAGCUCCAGGAGAACAUUUACAUUAUCCAACUUACAUUUUUAUCUAGUUUUAUGCAGUUUUCUCCUCAGCGUUACUUCCUGUAUCAUCAUCUCCAGCAUGCUUGGGUACCUGGGAUGAACGUCUACACGAGGAACCUGAGGAUCAUAAAGAAUCCAACAAUAAUAGAAAUUCUCUAGAGAGAUGUGUUGGGUUAAUAAACCCCAAGGUCUUUAAUUGAACUCUGUAAACUGGUCAUUAAUUAAAUUAAUUAAUUUUCACUAUAAUUUUUUUUUUAAAU